UUGCAGAAUAUCGAUGUAUUUCUAUCUGUUCUGCUCCAUAUUAGCAAGUAUGUGUAUGCGGUUAUAUACUCGCUACUAUAAGUUGCGGUAUCGUCUAGAAUCAGGGCCAUCGUCGUCGCCACCACAUCCGUAUAUCCCCAUUCUUAUUGUACAUAUCCAAUUGUCGACGUGGCUGCUGGUGACAGGUACUGUUGUAAGUCCUCUUGCCUCUUUCUUUCUUUCUUGGUUGCUUGUUUUCUUUCCUGGUCCCCGCUGUAGGUCCCGCAUGUGCAAUGUGCAAUGCUUUCAUCUCGCUAGUUGAAAAAAAAAAAAAAAAAAAAAAAAAAAAAAAAGUAAUAUGCCAUGCCGUAGACCUGGAAACGCCUAUAGAAGCACUAAAUCCAUCCCUAAACUCCGUAUACCCCUUGCCUGGCUAAACAUCUAGCCGAUGGUAUGUACC